GCUAUUCCAAAGGUUUACAGAAGUCGUGUUUAUUUUUUGCUUCCGAAUAAUUUAUCUAGAAAACUUAUAUCAUGCAUUAUGUAGAUGUCCUAGAUAAUAUCUAGUAGAGCAAUAAAGAAACUUAUGCUUUAGAUUUUUGAAAUGUCCAAGGAGGAAACAUCAACUUGGAAGCCAUCUUCAGGACUUUACGGUUGGUCGUUCGAAUCAGACGUUCUUCGCAAUUGCGUCAAUAUACAAGAUUACAAUUCAACUAAUAGUGGAAAAGAAAAUUUCUCUUCAAAACCUACUGGAAAUUCUAGGUCAUAUUCAGAAACUUCAGGAAAUUCAGCAGAAGGUGUAGAUUCAUCGAAUUCUACAGGAAAUUCCGUUCACUCUGAAACAAAAACCCUGCAAUCGGAAUCUACAACAGUAAAGGAAAAGUGUAAAUCUCAAACACCAGAAGUGGAUAAUUCUUUUUCACCAGAUAAACAUCUAACAGAUUCAAGAAAAAAAAAUAGAACAGGAAAACGUAGUUUAGACAAAAAAAUUCACGGAAUAUCAGCAAAUUCUAAAAGUGAAAAGCGUGCUCCUAAAUCGUUUAGCAGCCGUGUAUUAGACUCACAGAUGCCUUUAAAUAAUUCCAAAAUUCCAAAAACUUCUGGGUCUUCGAACCCAGCUGCAUUCAUUGACAAUUUACACACCAAAAGACAAGGUUUAGAUUUUAGGACUCAGCAAGAGGAGAGAUUUGAAAAAAUUAGAGCAAAAAGAGAUUUCAAGAAUAGAAAUAAUAGAAAUAUUUAUGUUUUGGAAAAAGAAAAUUAUUGGUUUCGUUCCAUCAAAAUCGUACUGGACGAAUUGUCAUCAAGACUAAGUGACGAAGCAAUUGCAAGAUUACUUUCGAGUGAGGGCAAAGACGCGUAUAGUAUUUUAGGAUUGAAAUGGAAUGCGAGCGAUGAAGAUAUUAAGAAAUACUACAGGAAGCAAGCAGUCUUAGUUCACCCUGACAAAAACGCAAAACCAGGAGCUGAAACAGCUUUUAAGAUACUUGGGCAAGCUUUUGAGAUGAUAGGAUCUAGUACGGCUAGAAGAGCUUACGAUACUCAAAUGAAAGAUACAGAACAGCGAUUACACGCUCAGCACAAUUUGGAAGAUCUCCUAGAUAAGUUGAAAACAAAACUAGGCGAGGCAGCUAAUACAAUGAGAUGUUCGAAUUGUUGUAAGGCUCAUAAAAGAAUUCCAACUACCAAAUCUAAAGACGUAGCUCGCUAUUGCUCGGGGUGUAGAGAUUAUCAUUCGGCUACAGAUGGUGAUGUAUGGGCGGAAACACGCUUGGUGUUUAUUUGGCACUACUAUUGGUGCGUGGAUGGCUGUGUUUACGAUAUCACGGAUUAUGCUCAGUGUAACUUUUCAUCUAUGAAAGCAAUUCGACCGAAUUCUCAUAUUGUCCAAUUGAAAAUGGGAUUCAAGCAGAAACGGCCUAAUAAUAAAUUUGAUGAUUUCUUACGAGAUUUAUAUGAGAGAGCGGGUACUACAAAUGAUAACAAUCAACCGCAACAACCACAGCAGCAGCAACACCAAGAUAAGCAGAAGAAAAAGAAGAAAGGAAAACGUCGAUAA